AUCCACUUGAAUGCCGUUGUCUCUAUGUGAUAAGAGUCGAAAACGCUAGACAUGGUCAAGCCAUGGGAUCACAAAGUUAAAGAGUUCUGACCGUUGGAGUUUUCCAACGGCUAUAUUUUUUGGAAUGGCCAAGCUUAUCACUUUAAACCCCUUUAACUAUUCAAUCUCUCCCUUUAAUUCUUUAUUUAUCACCAAGAUCUUUACAGUAAAAACAUAAACAUAGAUCCGAUUUCAAUUCUUCCCCAAUCUCUUCAACACCAGUAACACAAAGAAAACUAGAUCUGCUGAUUUUUGCAGGACAAGAUGCCAUGGUUCUCAAAGAAGUCAGGGCAGGAGAAGCUAAUGGAGCAAACCUUCCAACUAAAGAUGACAUCAAAAUCACUAGUUAGACAAGCAAAGAAAUGCGAACAGGAAGAGAAAUCAGAGAAGCUGAAAGUAAAGAAAGCAAUCGAGAAAGGAAACAUGGAUGGUGCAAGAAUUUACGCUCAAAAUGCAAUCCGUAAACGCAACGAACAGCUCAAUUACUUGCGUUUUGCUUCUCGUCUUGACGCUGUGGUAUCGAGAUUAGGAAGCCAGAACAAUCUCCGUAACAUUACUAAAUCAAUGAGUGGAAUUGUGAAAUCAUUAGAAGGGUCACUAUCUGUUGGAAAUAUGGAGAAGAUUUCACAAACCAUGGAUAAAUUUGAGAAGGUAUUUGUGAAUAUGGAAGUUCAAGCGAGUUUUACAGAAACAUCGAUGGAAGGAACGACAUCGUUAUCUACUCCAGAAGGUGAAGUUGGAUCUUUGAUGCAACAAGUUGCUGAUGAUUAUGGUUUGGAGGUUUGUAUGAAGUUGCCACAAGCAGGAAAGGAAGCUGUGGGAAUCAAAGAAAAAGGAGCUGCUGCUGCUGCUCUACCUGCCUCAGAGGAAGAACUUAGCAGGAGAUUAGCUGAUUUAAAAUCAAAAGGAUAAUUAGUCCUACAAAAUACUCUCACUAGCUAUGACUUUUAUUUUUAAUCUUUUCUGCUGCUGAUAUGAAGACGUUUUUACUUUUUAGUUUGGUUUCGGGGCAUGUAAGAUCUUGGUGUUAAUUAUUAGGUAAAGAAAAAUGCUUAUUAGA